GGUAUAUACGAAUGCGCAUUAGUAUAAAAUAUUCCGUACUGACAAGACGAUUAAUUCGUUAGAUUAAUUAUAUUUCAAAAUAGUUGAUUAAUUGGAAAUAAAGAGAGGCAGAUUAUUUUGUUCAUUUUGUUACCUGAUUAAUAUUAUAUUGUAUGUCAAAAAUGAAUAACAUGAAUUCAAUCAAAGUUCCAUCAUCCAACGGUCACAAUCACUCUAAUGGAAACAAUAUGAAGUACAAUCAAUCACCAACGGGAUCACCUUUCAAAAAUAAUUUCAUCAAAAGCUAUAAUAACGGAUCAAAUGAAACUGAAGAAUUUUAUUCAUAUGACUUACUUAGUAGCAUAGCAAAUUAUUUGCUGGAUCGUACGAAAUAUCGACCGAAGAUUGGUAUUAUUUGUGGUUCUGGGCUUGGUUCAUUAGCUGAAAGCAUUGAAAAUGCUGAUCAAAUUCCAUAUCAAAGUAUACCCAAUUUUCCUGUAUCAACUGUUGAAGGACACGCUGGCCAGCUUAUUUUUGGUACCAUAAAUAAUGUAGCAGUGAUGUGUAUGCAAGGUCGAUUUCACUAUUACGAAGGAUAUCCUUUGGCCAAAUGUUGCAUGCCAAUUCGUGUGAUGAAAUUAGUUGGUGUGACACAUUUGAUCGCAACAAAUGCUGCCGGUGGUUUAAAUGAAAAAUAUAAUGUUGGAGAUAUUGUAAUUGUUAAAGAUCACAUUAAUCUUAUGGGUUUUGCUGGUAAUAAUCCAUUGCAAGGACCAAAUGACACGAGGUUUGGACCGCGUUUUCCACCAAUGAACCGAGCUUACGAUAGCAAGAUGAAGCAACUAGCUAUGAAAAUUGCAUGUGAUCUUGAUAUCAAAAAUCAAAUACAUGAAGGUGUCUAUACGUGUUUGGGAGGACCAAAUUAUGAAACAGUAGCUGAGCUUCGUAUGUUGAAAAUUCUUGGUGUUGAUUGUGUUGGCAUGUCGACUGUGCACGAGGUAAUAACAGCUAGACAUUGCGAUUUGAAAGCCUUUGCGUUUAGCAUUAUUACAAAUAAAUGCAUUACAGAAUAUGAAAGUAAGGAGGAGCCUGGACACGAAGAGGUUGUUGAAGUCGGUAAAAAACGGCAAUUUAUAUUAACUGAACUGGUGCGUCGCCUAAUUGCUCAAAUUGAUAUCGAGUAAAUACUUGUUAAAGAUUAUGAAAUUCAAAUUCACUUACUUUAAUCUGAUAAGUAACAUUAUGCCAUUUCAAAUAAUGAAUAAUAUUUGAAAUAAGGUUUAAAUAAAAAAUAAAGUCUGAAAAUAAAUAUUUUUCAUAUCGAA